AUGUCAAAUUCAAGUUGCGCAAUUCGUGAACUUGAAGGAAUCGGCGCGUUUUCUGUAAAUAUUCUUUCCGCUGUCUUAGGAAGUCUUGGUAAUCUAUUGGUUUGUUCGACAGUGUACUGGAGCCCGCGACUUCACAAGGCAUGGUGUUAUUUUAUUUGCAGUUUAUCUCUCGCUGAUCUGAUGGUAAAUCUUGUUGUUCAACCGAUGGAAGCGGUUCUCACUUUCGCGCGCAUGAAGGGGAUUUGCAAUCACGAGUUGCGAGAUGCGUUUCGUUUGGCAGCCUACAUAACGUGCGGCGCUUCGCUUAUGAAUCUGGCGUUUAUGAGCGUGGAGCGGUGUUUAGCUAUUGUGUGGCCGCUAAGACAAAGGCAACUCCGACAUCUCACUCGGAGAAGGGUUCUUUUUUUGUUGAUUAUCAUUUGGGGAGUUCCUUGCCUUCUUGGCACAUCUGGUUUAAUAGCUGGCAAAGGGACAAGGUUUUCUUCAAUACUUGUUCUUAUAGGACUGGCAGGUUGCUACGGAGUCAUAUUAACCAGCUAUGGAAUACUACUGCUAAAAACAAGAACGCAUUUCAAAGUGCACUUCGCGAGAACAGUAGUAGUAAAAGAGUUUCAUAACAAGGGAAACAACAGUGCCUGUCAACUCAGCAACGGAAAAGUUAAUGAUGUAUUCGAUAGCAAGAGUCAUCAGGAUUGUAGUGCGCGUGCGACCGAAAAACGACGAGGAUCUGCUAACACACGUGCUGCCAAGAAAAGGCGGGAAUCUGAGCGGCGUGCGGCCAAAACAGUUGCUGUGGUAAUUGCUUUAUUCACUCUAAGCUGGGUUCCAUACGGAUAUGUUCUUGUUACUGACCCAGAACAAAACAUUAAUACUUUCUACGUAUGGGCAGUAACCAUUGGAUUAACAAAUUCCUCGGUGAAUCCUCUGGUGUACUUUUUCAGCAACAAAGCCUUCAGGAAGAAUUCCAAACGACUUUUACGAUCUAUCAUUUGCUGUUUCGGAGAAUACUAA